AGUGCACAGUUUCAUUACAUUACAUAACAGAAUCGGAGUGAACAAAACGCGCGUCGAAAUGGAAGCGCUUUUGUGCAGAAAAUUGGGUGACCCAACGGUGAGCGUGGAAGACGAAAACAGCCCAAUAAUCAUAUCCAAGAAUCACCCAAUCCCUCAAUUGGAUUCUCCUACAUCGGUUAGAGUUAGGAUCAAAGCCACAAGCUUGAAUUUCGCUAAUUACUUGCAGAUUCUUGGCAAGUACCAGGAGAAACCUCAUUUGCCAUUCAUUCCUGGAUCCGAUUUUUCAGGCAUCGUUGAUUCCGUUGGUUCAAAUGUUACCAAUUUCCGUGUUGGGGAUCCUGUUUGUUCCUUUGCUGCUCUUGGAUCGUAUGCUCAAUAUCUAGUUGUUGAUCAGACCCAAUUGUUUCGCGUACCGGAGGGCUGUGAUUUGGUUGCUGCUGGAGCACUUGCUGUGGCAUUUGGCACUUCACAUGUUGGACUUGUUCAUAGAGCUCAGUUGAAAUCUGGUCAGGUAUUGCUAGUUUUGGGUGCAGCAGGAGGUGUGGGCCUUGCAGCUGUGCAAAUUGGAAAAGCAUGUGGUGCUAUUGUCAUUGCUGUUGCUAGGGGAGCUGAAAAGGUGCAGCUCUUGAAAUCAAUGGGUGUUGAUCAUGUGGUGGACUUGGGUAAUGAAAAUGUGACUGAGAGUGUGAAAGAGUUCCUUAAGGUCAAAAGGCUUAAAGGGAUUGAUGUCCUGUAUGACCCAGUAGGAGGCAAGCUCAUGAAAGAAUCCUUGCGGCUUCUGAAAUGGGGAGCGAACAUUCUAAUAAUUGGGUUUGCAAGUGGAGAAAUUCCUGUCAUCCCUGCUAACAUAGCUCUUGUUAAGAAUUGGACAGUACAUGGACUUUAUUGGGGUAGUUACAAAAUACAUCGCCCAGCUGUUCUUGAAGAUUCUCUCAAGGAGCUACUGUCUUGGUUGGCAAAAGGCUUGAUUUCCGUUCACAUUUCUCAUUCUUACGGCCUGUCAGAGGCCAACCUCGCCUUCACUGCCAUCAGAGAUAGGAAAGCUAUAGGGAAGGUGAUGAUUGUAUUCGAUGAGAAAAUUACAAGAUCUAAGCUGUGAUGAUCUUUGCUAAAACUAUGCUUGACUAAUAUCUUCUGGGCACUCAAACAUCAUAGGUUCAUAUUAGAGACAAAGGAGAUGCUAGUAUACAAAAGGAAACCAAAUAAAUAAUUGCCAAACUGUUGUAGAAUAGAUGCUAUUUAUUACUAAUAAUGGUAAUAUGAUUCACGCGAAUUGCAAUUUGUUCACCACGCGUGCUGCACA